GACAAGACUCUGAAAGGGACGGUGUAUCGCAUCAGCGGCGCCGUUCCGGCGAGCAACUACCUCCAGCUCCCGAAGACGAGCACGCAGUCGCUGGGUCUCACUGGACGCUACCUCUACCUCCUUUUCAAACCUGCACCGGCAAAAUAUUUUGUGGUGCACCUGGAUGUUGUCACAGAGGACAAUCAAGUCGUCCGCAUCUCCUUUUCUAACCUCUUUAAGGAAUUCAAGUCAACCGCCACGUGGCUCCAGUUCCCGUUUAUUUGUGAGGCGGCCAAGGGAUCCGUCUACGAGCGCACAGCCAGGACUUCCAAGCGAGAUCUGGUGGGCCUGGCUCCCAGCCACGUACGGUGGACCUGCUUGAUGCUUGACCUCCGCUACAUCCUCUCCCUGUACCUGAACAGAAAAUAUAGCCACCUGAAGAGUGUGAAGCUGUGCGCCAACCUUCUGGUGAAAAACCUCUUCACCAGUGACUUGCUGUUCGAUCCAG